GGCUCGGGACGUCGUCUCCCGCGUUGGGGCACUUUUGGAAGCAGCUCAGCACGAGCCAGCCAGCAGCCCCCUCCCACCGCCAGCCCCAGCACGCCGGGGGCGGCGUUCCCCGGCUAACCCCCCAGCUUGUUUGCUACGCAGAGUGGCUCGCGCGAGCUGGGGACAGUGAGAGGGGACGGAGUCCAGCAGCCGGGCAGGCACAUGCAGUCCCUGUCAUGAACUGGUGGGAGUUAGUGGACAGCUGUGACAUCGUUAAGAAGGCCUAAGAAGCCAGUCGCAACAUGCCUUUGGACAUUCCAUUGAUCAAAGCCUGACUUUUUAUAAAAUGUGAUGGAGGAAAAGAAAAAGGCAGUAUCAAUUAAAAGUUAGCAAUAUGACAGGUCUGCUAGUCAUGAAACGGAUUCUGCUGGUGGUUUUAUUGGCUGCUGCUGCUAUGUAUGUUAUACUUCACUGCAAUCUGUGGAAGACAGAUGUCUAUUUACUGCCGCCUAUAGCUACACAAAGAAAAUCUGGACUAGAAAAUUGUUCAUCGGCCCCACCAUUUGAGUCUUUAUGGAAUGGUCAGAAAAUAUAUCCAUUCCUAUGUGUUAAUGACUUCAUGCAACUAGCACUGUCCAAUGGAAAUGAUAAGAUUGAAUUACCUUAUGGAAUAAAGAGAGCAGAGAGUUAUUUUCGCCUCGCCCUUUCAAGACUGCAUAACUGUGGACUAUUCAAUGAAGAUAAUGGUGUGAUCUGUAGAAGGUGUGUUGUUGUUGGUAAUGGAGGAGUACUUCGAAACAAGACACUAGGGGAGAAAAUUGACUCGUAUGAUGUGGUAAUAAGAAUGAAUAAUGGUCCCGUCAGAGGGUACGAAGAGGAUGUUGGGAGGAGGACAACUUUCCGACUUUUUUAUCCAGAGUCUAUUUUUUCAGAUCCAAUUCACUAUGAUCCUGAUACUAUUGUAGUUCUUCUCGUCUUCAAACCACAUGACUUAAGGUGGCUCUGGAGCAUAUUGAAUGGUCAUAAAAUAAACACUAAUGGUUUCUGGAAGAAACCGGCCUUGAAAAUGAUCUAUAAAGUUAACCAAAUCAGGAUACUCAAUCCUAUCAUUAUCAGAAAAACAGCGCAUGAAUGGCUUCAGUUCCCAACAAAGUUUUCCAGAAAAGAAAAACCCCAACAUCCUACAACAGGGCUAAUUGCCAUCACACUGGCAUUUCACAUAUGCAAUGAAGUUCACCUGGCAGGCUUUAAGUACAACUUCACUGACCGAAACGGUUCUUUGCACUAUUAUGGCAAUGAGACCAUGUCUGAGAUGAUUGAGAAUGGAUACCACAACAUCAUUGCUGAGCAAAAGUUUUUGAAGUCACUUAUAGAUAAGCAGUUUGUGGUCAGCUUGACAUGAGACUGAAUAGACAAUGGAAGAAUGAUCACUAUUUUCAACAAGAUAGAUUUUAUUUUUUGUACUGUAUUUUUAUUUUUUAAAUGCCAUAUCUGUUAAAGAAAUAUUUAAAAGAAGCACAGAUGCCUCAUAAAGGGGGUGGUAGUGGAGUUCCACUGUCUAGGACUGAUGAUGAUUAUCGCCAUCUCCUGGCACACAACUAGAGUGAACUGAUUUCUGUGAAUCUAUUUAAUUAUGAAAAAAUACAACCUUCAGCUAAAAAAUAUCAGGGAUAUAUAAAAAUAUGAUGCACACCAUUUAUUUAACAAUAAGAAAAUUUUUCAGCAACUGAUUUCUUUUCCGUAUCUUCCUUUCCUGUUGCCCAGAGACUUGGAAGGCUAUGAGAUAAUUGAUUAAGGGAUACAAAGUCUUUCACCUCUCUGUUCUGGUUUGAAAACAAUUUGGGAUAAGUGCACCUGCAAAUCGUUACUAUCUGAAGGGUGUCUAGUAGCUGUACAGUAUAUAAAGUGCAUUUUAAUCUCAGUCCACCUGGGCAGAUGUCUAUAUCAUAGAAAAUCACCUUCAUAAUUCAUGCAGGCUAGUGUUUUCUUGUUGUCUGUCUCAACAAACCAGCUCCAGACUAAACUGCCCAUGGACUCCUGGAUGUAGCAUGUGUACACCUGGGGUGGAGACCCACUGGUAUAACAGUGUGGGGAAGUCUGGAUUGAUCCUGUUCCUGCUGUAUCUAAUUUAUGGAUGCAUUUGUUCUCA